AUGGCACUCGACGACAAAAUGUCGCCAUCAAUAACAACAACACCGAUGGGAUCGUUACCUACCCUCCGACGCAAACUGACCAGACUAGUCCUCACUCGUGGCAUAUUCAUCACCACAGUCGUCUACGUCUUUCUACUAUCACUAAUAGUAGGGGUACAAGCCGCCCUGCCGGCAGAGUUUACAAACUCGUUUGAUGGGCUGGGAGAAGGGGGCAGCAUUGGGUUGACGUGGGAAGGGGUGAAGCCAGAGUACUUUCCCUUGAGCAUCACCGCGCAGGUGAUUGAUAAGGGAGAGGAUUGGAGCGGGAGUAAAGUUACCGUUUACAAGGUUAAUAUCACUGCCGCAGCAACAGGCAGCUCAUACGUCUGGACUAACAUGCCCCGCCCCCUCCGAUGGAUCAAGUCAGGGCUGUACCAGCUCGAACUCAAGCCAUCAGCCUGGACAGAUGAUGGUGAAGCGCCCGUGUUGGCGAGGUCACCGUUUUUCAGUGUGGGGGAUUACGUCCCGCCUGCUCCGAGUCCAAGUGAGAGUUCAUCUCCUGAACCCUCGAAAGGGGAUAAAGAGUCGUCGUCUGGCGGGGGCGGCGUGAGUAAGCCGGUUGCUAUUGGGGUGGGAGUCGCGAUUGGUGUGCCGAGCUUGGUUGGGUUGGUGGUUAUUGGCUGGUUUUUUAGACGGAGGUAUAAGAGGGCGCGGGCGGAGAAGAGGAGGUUGAAAAGGAGCGAGUUUGUUAUUUACUGA